GCCGCCGCUCCGCCGGGCCUUUCCGCUUCCGUUCCGGGCAGCAGCGUCCCCGGCGGCGCUCAUUUUACUCUUUUUAACUGCUUUAGCGCGGUUCUCGACACGGUUGCCAGGGAGACGGAAGCCGCUCCGCCGCAGCUCCGGCAGGAAGCGAUGCAAACCAAGCCCCGAGUUCCUUCAUAAAUAUCCGAAGCAUGGCGUUCCCGGAGCCCAAGCCCAAGAAGCCGGAGUUACCCAGGAAACUCCUCCGCAGCCUGGACUGCAAGCAGGGCGCCGUGCGGGCUGUGCGCUUCAACGGUGAGCAGAGAGACGAGCCCCGUGUGCUCUACACGCACACAGAGAGAGCAGAGCCGCCUCCUGCAUUCAGAGGCUUUCACACCCGCCGCUUAGGAUUCUCCAGACAAGUGGACGGUAAUUACUGCCUGACGUGCGGCAGUGACAAGUCCCUGAAGCUGUGGAGCCCAAUGCGCGGGACUCUGCUCAAGACCUACAGCGGACACGGGUACGAGGUGCUGGACGCAGACGGGUCAUGUGAUAACAGUCACCUGACCUCGUGCGGCUCUGACAAGACUGUGAUCCUGUGGGACGUGGCGACGGGUCAGGUGAUCAGGAAGCUGCGGGGUCACGCAGGGAAAGUGAACUGCGUCCGGUUUAAUGAAGAGGCCACGGUGAUCCUGUCAGGUGAGUCUGAUUCACAGUGUGUGUGCUGAACGCAUCGUGACAUUGCAAUAAACUUCAA